GUGCUAUCAUGAUAUGAAUAAUAUACCCAACACUUACAUUCAAUUCAUUUAUUUUUUCUUCUAGUUGACAAACAUUGUUUACAGAAAUGAUUAAAAUUUAUACAUAAAUGUAAAUAGUUUCUUGAGUGGGUGGCUUAAUCUAAAAAAGAAAAAAAAAGUUAUCUGUUUAAACAUCUACUCAUUCCCAAGCAUUUUGAUUUAUUUGUAUCUACAAAAUCAAGUGUACGUGUUUAUUUAAUAUUAUAUUUUGAUUUCUGUCUUUCACAACUAUGAAUUUUAAAUAUCUAGUUGAAACUUAAAUUCAAAUGAAACACAAGUAAACAACAAUCUAUCAGAACAUAUACUUUACAUUGAAUAGAUAAUUUUAAAAUUACAAUGUCUUUGGAUCAUACAAGAAGACGUUCUAAUUCAUUAGUUCCACGAAUUGUAGAAAAUUUACCAAAUGAUCCAGUAACUGGACAAUCCAUUUUAUUUAGAACAGAAUUCAAAGGAAGAGAUCAUACAAAAAUUGUUGAUCCAGCAGGUUUUUGUGAUAGUAAAGCUAAUCAAUUAUUGAUGAAACAUUUACGAAAGAAACGUAAUUAUGGUUAUGUAUAUUGUUUAAUUGAUCGGAUGAGAUUUGAAAGAAGAAGUCGUUCAAAAUUAUUUCGUGAUCAAAUUUUUUAUCAAGAUAUUAAGUAUGUUUAUUUUUUUUCAAAUUUACCAAAUAUUUUUAUGCUGGCAUUAAAUGAUGAAAAACAAAGACGUGUUUAUGAAACAUAUUCAGUGAAUUCAAUGGAAGAUAGAAAUAGAAUUGCAGAACUUACACAAAAUAAAAAUUCUUUUGGAAAAUUAAGAACAAGUAUAACUAGUCAAGUGAUAAAUUAUGGAAAUGACAUUCUGGACAACGGUCGUAUCUCAAUAGGAGAAGAAGAAACAGAAGGUGAAAAUGGAUUUGAAGAGGAAGAAAACUUUCACAUGUAUAGAAACAACAAGAGAUAUAGUCAUGAUUCAUUGCAUAGAAUUAAUACAUUAACUAACAAUCAUUCUGAAUAUCAUGAUAAUUCUAAAACAACUGGACACUUGGAAAAUGCUUAUACAAAUGGAUACUUAAAUCAAUCAAACAUACCAACAUAUUAUAAAACUAGUACAGCAUCACGUGCAGCAAAUUCACCAAUUCACCAAUCCUACUCUAAACAACAAAUCAGAUCGUUUAUUGAACGUACACCUUCUCCAACAGACUAUUUCGUCAUGCAAUAUCAUGGAAGAAGUUUACAUAAUAAUCAAAGAAUAAGCACUCAUUCACCAUUUAAAUACAAUACAGAAGGAAGUUCUAUACCGAUAACUAACAGUGAACCAUUAUUAACAAAUAGUCCUAUAAGAGAAGAUUGUCCAAUUUAUUUCUAUGUUCAACGUAGACCUAGUAAACCGGAGAUACAAAUGGACGAAACUACCGGAAUAAUAAAAAGUCCUUCAGCAGUUACUAUAUAUCGUUAAUAUGCUGUAUAAUAGAAAAGAAAAAAAGACGAUAAUUACAUUUUAUAUUUGUUGACAAUUAUUUAUAUUUAAAAUUGAUAAAGGAAACUAACAUCUUGAUAAUUUGUAGAAUCUGGUAAUUCUUAAUCAAGUUCCUCUUUUUUAAUUUUUUUCAAGCUAAUGAAAUUCAUAAUGAACAAAUGAAGAAUUUGAGUUUUAAUUGUAUUGUUCAAUUAGUUCUUAG